GCAGAACUGGGCCUGUGCAUCACCAGACCCAAGACCCAGCAGCAGGCCGCCUUUUAUAUGUAUUCUCUAUACCUUUUGGCACGACGGGAAAAUCGCCGCCAGAUUCCCAGCAUCAAGGCGACGGACCCGAGCCAAAGCAAAAGGGGGAGGUGCGGUGUAUGGUGGUAGUAAAAGACACAGCGUCGUCGUCGUCGUCGAGAGGAGCGUCGAGAAGAGGAUCCUAUCCACCAGCCAGUGGUCCUCGCCAGUUGUUGGAUGCUGCAGUUGCAAGUCACAAGUCUCUCAAACGCGGUGCUGCUGCUCUUCCAGCAUAUCUCAUUGGCUCACCUUUUAUUCGCCCGUCUUUUUCUCUCUCGCUCUCAACUCUGUCGGCGCGGCAAUAACCGCCAAGUUAUUCAUCGGCGACGUCGUCUUUUGAUCAGGAGGGGCGUCGUGUAGUGUGUCUGUGUGUGCUGUGUGCUGUGUGCGUGUGCGGCUUCAAACAGUUCAUCAAGUGGCGUGAGAGAGAAAAGAAGUUGGGCAGGAUUUUGCGACGAGCCACAUAACGUUGGUGCGGCUGACAAAGUUCUUCUUCUUGUACUCACUGAUGCAGUCGAUGCUGUUGCUGGUGAAUUAGCGCGCGUUGGCUGGCUGGUCGUCAUCAUGAACCGCAACUAAUAUAUUAUUCCGGCAAUCCGCUUUGCUGAGAGAGUUGGAGAGUUGGCAUUGACGAUGAGAGCCGGUGACAGCGGCCUCGACAUCAAAUGCGAUCCAGCGGAGUCAAUAAUAACUUUUCUCAUCUCUCAGCCGCCGCAUCAUCAGCAGCAUCACAGACGCUCCAGCGAUUCGGCAAUCAACACAUCAGCAGCAGCAUAGGCCGCCGCUUGUUGGCUCAAUAAUAAUUCUCCUGCUGGACUGUUUCGAAUGUUGGCGCCAAGAUUUCAAACGACCUCGUUUCCAGAGCAACUGCUGUGCAGUAGCUUCCAUGACAAACGUGAAACUUUAGACGUGCCGGAAAAUCAGUGAUGAAACUAUCGCCAAUACUAUUAUACUGGCAUUACUGGCUGCUAGCUCAUGUACUUGGAUAAGUGUUUCCGUUACGAGUUCAUCGAGCGUCAGUUGCGGACCGAUCAACAAGUGCCAGUGACUGGUGAAUGUUUGUCUUUGGUGCCGAACUUCAAAGAACUGCGGCCCGUCAGAGAUCGAGUGAUAGGAGAACCAUAUCAGUGUCAUCAUCGCUGGCUCUUGGGCAAUCGAUCAAUAGCCGCCCAUUAUAGACAGUUUAAUCGAUCUAGAGUAUACCCAAGUAACUCGACCGUUUCAUUCGUCCUCUGUGCAAACCCCCGCGUCAGUCAUGACGAUGAAACGGGCCGUGUGCGGCCCGUUCGUCUUACUUCAAACUCUAGUUCUGUUUCAACUGGCCUUUGGCGGGAUGGCAAUAUCCGUUGGGAAAACCUCGCCCGGUCCGAGUGUCAAGACGCGCUACGGUCUCGUCCAAGGUCUCAUUGUGUCCAUGCCGAGUCCUCUGGGACCCAUUGAGGUCUUCCUGGGCAUUCCGUACGCUACGCCGCCUGUGGGCAUCAACCGCUUCAGUCCGACACGCAACCCGCAAACUUGGCCGGGGAACCGAAUGGCCGAUCGGCACGGCCCGGCUUGCCCGCAACGUUUUCCCACCAACUUGGCCAACGAAACCGAGUCUCUCAAGUUGAUGUCGAGGGCCCGGCGAGACUACCUCCUCCACGUCGAGCAAUCGCUGGCCAAAAAUCAGAGCGAGGACUGUCUUCAUCUCAACAUCUACGCUCCAUUCCAGGGUCGACCAGUCAACACGGUGGAUCGCCUUCCGGUCAUCGUUUUCAUCCAUGGCGAAUCGUUCGACUGGGGGUCCAGCCAUCUCUACGACGGUUCCGUCCUGGCCAGUUACGCAAACGUCGUCGUCGUCACCCUCAACUUUCGACUCGGCGUUUUAGGUUUCCUCAACAUCGGUCGCUGGCCGAAGGGCAAACCUCGUUUGGCCAACUUUGGAUUAAUGGAUCAAGUUGCCGCUUUGCAUUGGAUUCAAGAAAACAUUCAAGAAUUCGGCGGAGAUCCGUCUCGGGUGACGCUGGUCGGAUUCGGAGCCGGUGCAGCCUGUGUUCAUUUCCUGAUGACGUCACCUGCCGUCGUCAACGGUUUGUUUCAUCGCGGAAUCAUGAUGUCAGGAUCGGCGCUGGCGUCUUGGGCGCUGGUUAACGACGCCAACGAUGUGGCACUUCAAGUGGCUCAAGCGGCUGACUGCGUCCAUUUGGUUGGUGAUCGAAGUGACUCGGAGACGAUACUCAAUUGUCUGCGCGACGCCCCGUUGGAGCGGAUCGAGCAAGCGGCGGCCAAAGUGGGACGGCCGGGAUCCUUCCGUCGGUUCCGCACCAUAUUCGGACCGAGCAUCGACGGUGUGGUCAUCCGUGGCCAACAUUUCGGCACUGGGUCGUCAUCGUCGGGAAGUGGAGGUCCGAGAAAGCGGAGCGAAGACGGCCGGCCCACUUACGAUUGUCUCUUUGGUGUGUCCGGAUUCGAAUCGUCUUUCCAAUUGUCGGAAUCGGCCAGUGAACAAGGACUGGACGGUGUCGAACGGGACCUGCUGCUCCGGUCGUUUGUAGCCGACACUUACCGGUUCCACCAGACCGAGAUCUUCCUGACGUUGGUCAACGAGUACACGGACUGGGAGCGGACAGUGCAACAUCCCAUCAGCAUCCGAGAAUCGACUGUGGAGGCGCUGAGCGACGGACAGUUUGUGGCGCCGGCCAUCCUGUUGGGCGACACGCUCACUUCACCAGAUAAAAACAGCUACUUUUACGUCAUAGAUCCGGCCAUUAUUCAGAGACCGCAGGCUGUGCACGGCUUAGAGUUGUCGCUAGUGUUCGGCUCGGCCUUGCUGACGACCAAUGGAUUAGUUACUUCAGGAGGAAGCUACUCACAGCAGCAGCAACCGUACAACCGUAAUUACUCCAGUAAGCAGGAUGCUUCCUAUUCGGAAGCCAUCAUGACUCUCUUCGCCAACUUUGCUCGUUCCGGGAAUCCAAACGAACCGCAAGAUGAGAAACUUCGCUUGUCCAAGGAGCGCAAUCGUUUCAAGAGCGUCAAUUGGGAGCCGUACGAUAAGAAACAGAGAAAGUACAUGGAAAUUGGAUCCAAGCCGAAGAUGAAAAGUCAAUUCCGUGCUCAUCGCAUGGCCGUCCUCUUGCAAUUGCUGCCCGAGUUGCAGCGGACGGGCCAGCACGACGUCCAACAAGGCCACGGAAUCCUGACACCCGAAGGGCUUGAAACAGCCGGAACUGGAUCCGGCCUGUCUCUGCCGGCGUGGGUCAACGGGUCAUACAUAGACGUAACUAAAGAGCGAUCAACGCCUUCCGGAACCAAAGAAGUCACUUGCGUCGUCCCGCAGCCUCACACCCCAACUGCUUCUCCGUCAACGUCAAACGCGACCACCACAGUCAACAACGGAUCGUCGCCGCAGGGUUCGCAAGCCGGAAACUCCGGUUCGGUCACGGCCAUAAGCGAUUCCACCGUCUACUCGACGGCUCUGAGCGUGACGAUAGCCAUUGGUUGCUCACUGCUGAUCCUCAACGUGCUGACAUUCGCCGGGCUUUACUACCGCCGAGAUCGCCGACGACAGCAGCAGCAAUUGGCCCAGCAUCAAGCCGGUGCUAAUAUGCAGCGCUCCGUCAGCGACAUGUCGCACAGCAUGCUGACUUCCGUCAACGGAAGCAUCAUGCGGAGCCACACUCCCGGUGAAACCGACUGCGAGACCCUUUUCCUGCAGACGCCGCCGUCGUCUUGCAACGGCUCGUCAACGAUUUUGAAGUCGGGCGGAGUCGGUACCGGCGGAGUUGUGGCCAAUACCCCGACCGGCAAUUCCGGCGGUCCGGGCACCCUGCAGCGCCAGAGGUGCUGCGAUUACGUCACCAUCACGUCGCCCAACGUGGAGAUGAGCGGACCCGUUUCAGAUCGAUCCCUCCUCGACGUCCGAUACGAUCUCUCCAGUCCCAUCCCACCUGAUAAAGAUUUCCUCUGAAAACGCAUCAUUCCAAAAUUUCACCCAUAAAUUGAUGGAUGGAAUUUUGUUCGCAAGAUUCCUUAAAUAUGUAUUACAUUGUAAUUCAUUUAAAUGUAUAUAUACUACAUACACACACGCGUAUUUUGUAUAUGCAUACUAUUACUCCCCCUCUCCUCGUGCCAGUAUUCCAACACAUUUGUUUUGGGAACGACUCUUUUCAAAAUAAUUUGAUUUCGUGUCGUGUGCGCUUGUUUGACAAGCAUUUCUGUGUGCAACACAUUCCGUCUGUAUUUGGUUUGUAUAAUCAUAUAAUAUCCUUGAAAAUCCCCCAAAAAGUGGCAGCGUAUAUACGCCUACCAUACACAUAUGCAUAAUACGUGUAACUAACCCCUUAUUCUCAAAUCAGCCCGUAUAUGCUCCCGUAUAUUCAUUCAUUCUCAUAAAUGACGAGUUUUGAUUCUGAAGGAUUGUUGCCAAACGUUUUUCUGUGCCCCUUCCCCCUUUAUAACCGGGCGUGACUAUACGGUGCGUACGUGCCAGAGUCGAAUGAGCGAUGCAAGAUCACACGAUAUAUUAUAUAUGCUGGAUUUCUCUGGAAUAUAUACUAUAACUUUAAAAUAUUUACUUGGAGAACCCGAAAGGAAUACACUUGCAUCACGAACUUGA